GGGACAGAGACGCAGCGGUGGACUCAACGCUGAGAGAGAGUUUCCAGGGAGAGGAUCUGAAGCUGAAGGUGGAUGAUGAAGUGUUCAUUGUUUCCUCUCAUGCUUUUCUUCCUCCUGACUGAGGUGUCUGCCUGUCUGCCACUCUCAGCAGGGGCAGAGGCAAUGUCUCGCUGCCCAGCACGGUGGCUCCUUUUUGGGGAUAAAUGCUUCAUGUUUUACCCGGUGUGGAGCUCCUGGAGCGCUGCAGAGUCUGUUUGCUCUCAGACAGGAGGGAACCUGGCGUCUCUUCACACAUCUGAGGAGAGAGAGUUUGUCCUUCAGCUGGUGAACACACACACCUCAGUGUGGCUGGGUGGACACAAGGAGCAGAAGAACAGUUCUUGGUUUUGGAGUGACGGCUCCCCCUUCAGGAUACGAGGCUGGACCAAUAAGAGGCUGGGAGCUACAAAAGAGGGCGGGGCUUGUAUGCACAUGGACCCAAAAAGUGGAGAGCUGAACAGCGCCCCCUGUGGAAAGCUCAAGUUCUACAUCUGCUCUACUAGAGCCAGCUUCCGUUUGAAGUUUAUCCCCAAACCAGCUGAGCCAGCGGUCAUCUCCGGUGUGAGUGUGUUUGACGUCGUGUGGGGUUACAGCGACGAGUUAGUUCAAGAGAUUCUCCGCUCGUCCUCUUUCAUCGAACAGCUACGAUCCGGUCAGCUAACGCAGAGCUGCUACACCAGCUUCAUCCAGCAGGAGGCGCUCUAUCUGCACAGAGUCAGCAACACACUGAAGGUUGUGAUCAGAAGUUUACAGGAAGCAUACGACGUCAGGUCGCUGCUGCUGGAGACGCUGAAACACUACAGCCGCACGAACCAGACUCUCCUCUCGUCCCCUUACCCUCCCUGGCUCCUCUGGUCCCUCCAAUCGUUUAGCUCAGUGGUUUUGGAGGAUCCGAUCUAUUUGUUGGUGGCUCUGUCGGCUCGGUCCAGCCUUCAAAGCUCCCUGACCAAGGAGCUGGAGGUCUGGGAUGUUACCCAGCAGGCACCUAUGACUGAGGCUAAAACCAGCAGCUUGGAGUGUAGAGAGAGGAGUGUGAUGGAGGCCACCUGGACUCAACGGUACAGAAAGGCGAUAGAGAAACACCAGGAUAAAGUGGACGUUUUCAAAGCCGUGAACAUCUUCAGAGUGCACAUGAUGAACCAGAAGAGUUUCUACAAAUCUCUUGACUGUGACGUCGAGGACGAGAGAUGAUGAAGAGGAGGGGUGAAGCCACAGGUGAAGUAUUGAGCCAGACAAAAACAAACAACUGAAGUGGACCUCGUCUCCUCCAGGAAGUCCCUCUUUUUAUUCAUUUAUGUUUUUAGGAGUCAGGGCAAGGUUUUCAAAAAAAGAUUUCAAAUUACAAAAUAUGCACAAAAAAAUAACUUCUGUUGAUGUAAAUACGUUUUUAAAAGCUGAACUUGACUCAUGUUGUGAACUGAAAACAAAGAAAAACAAACUGAAUAUAUAAGUGGAUUAAACCAUUUCAUAGAAACGUAAGGGGGUGGGCAUUUCAACACACAAAGACAAACACAACUGGAAAAAUUACACAACUAAAAAAAAACAAGUCAAUAAGUGUAAAUAUUUAGAUAUUGGCACAAAAGAGUCAACAGACAAACAAUCACAUGGUAACGAAUAAAUAAAGCGUGUUAACGCUGAACAAUCAACUCCCCCGCUGUAUCAGACACUUGGUACAGUCUGAUUGGAACUCAACAGAAUUAAUAAUUAACACUACAACUUCAUACAAGCUGACAUGUUACUGUACAGAAUUAACAUGGUUUUACCAUGUAAGUGUAAAGUCAAACAUUUACAAAGACUGAAUAAAUAUUUGUCUGUUGUUGUUUUUUCACAGAUGUCUUAAUGACAUAUCGUUACAUGCGAACAACACAAAACCAAGACAGCACACAGAC